AUGUCAUGUAGGUCAUGUGCCAACGACAAGAACAGAAAAAAUUUCCUAGACAAACAGUUGGAAAGUAGGGCACGAGCUUUAGCAGACAGACUGAUUGACAAUCCAAGUAGUGCAUCACUUUUGGUGCCAUGUAAUGUAGGUUUCCAUUGGAUUCUGACAGUUAUCAACGUCAGUAAGGAUAUUGUUUAUUUGUGGGACCCUCUUAGUCAUCGCAUUCGCGAUGAUGAUUGGAAACAUGUUGUAGAAAUGGCUAUUAAAAUGGUUCAUGCGGCCUCUGGGAAUGGAAAGAAAGGACGAAGUAAAACUGCUUGGGAAAUUGUCAAGGCUCCUCGUCAGCCGGAUAGUAACCAAUGCGGUUUCUAUGUCAUGGCUUACCUGAAGACUUUAAUUGAGAACAUGUCGGACAUUGAUGAUAAAGAUUCUGUUCAAGCACUGUUUAAAGUGGAGAGAUUAGAGAAAAUACAAAAGCUCUUGCCUUUAGAACUGCUAAAACUCUAUUACCAUAUAGUGGUUCUUGAAAAUUACUCCUAA